AGCGCUGUCGUCACUACUUAGAUCGUCUUCAAUAUGAUUGCCAAAAUAUUGCUGUCAAAUUCCAUACGGUUUUGGCAUUGUGCACGCAUAAAUUCUGCCGGUCAAAUUCCAUACGGUUGUGAAAUUGUUCGCUUAGUUCAUCCAGCGUUAAAUGUGUUAAAAAGCACGCAAAGUAUUAGGACAUUUUUUACAACUCAGGCAGUGAAAAUGGCCGAUUCAGUAGGUUUGUCCAAUGAGGAGGCAGCGGCGUUAUGCAAGCCAGCAGAUGAGGCGACCAAGGAUUUCCUCUUCCAACAAACAAUGUACCGCAUCAAAGAUCCACGCAAAUCGCUGCCCUUUUACACAGGUGUGCUUGGCAUGACAUUGCUGGUGAAGUUGGAUUUCCCUGAAGCCAAAUUUUCCCUCUAUUUCAUGGGUUAUGAAAAUCCUGACGACGUGCCGAAAGAUCCCUCGGAGCGUAAGCGUUGGGCAAUGACCCGCAAGGCAACUGUGGAGUUGACACACAAUUGGGGCACGGAGAAUGAAGAAAAACCAGUAUAUCACAAUGGCAACUCUGAUCCUCGUGGCUUUGGACAUAUUGGUAUAUUGGUGCCAGAUGUCUAUGCUGCCUGCAAGCGUUUUGAGGAGCAUGGCGUUGAAUUUGUAAAGAAGCCCGAUGACGGUCGUAUGAAGGGUUUGGCAUUCAUUAAGGAUCCCGAUGGUUAUUGGAUUGAGAUUUUUAAAGCAAACGUUGUAUGAAUAUCAGACGAAUAAUAUUUACAAAUAAAUUAUAUAAUAAUAUUUA